UGGGCCUAUGCGAAACAUAUUUAAAUGCUUAAUUAUCUUUCAACGAAAUGACCUGUAGUAUUUUUGAGACACGGAAGCAACCAAACGGUGCGCAGCGUAGUUUUAGGUUACACCCUUUCAGCCCACUCCCAGACGCCGUUGUCCCUCUCUUUCUCUCUCAGGUUGAAGAAGAUGAAAAUUGCAGAGCACAGUAAAAGAACAAUCAUUUCUCUCCUUGAAUCUUGAAUCUUCUGCAGCAGAUCAAUUUUGGAUGGUUGUCAGCCAUGGGAGCUUAUUAGCUAUUUGGGCAAAAUGAAACCGAAAGCAAGUGCAAGCGGCAAGUCCAAAUCGUUUCAAGGGGAGGGCCCGAAUUGGGUUCUUAUUGCCGGAGGUGCUUUGUUGAGUACAUUAUCUAUUCGUCUUGGUUACAAACUCAAGCAGGCACUUGAUACAAAGCACCACAAUUCUACCAAUGCCUUCAAAGGAAGUGACAGAAGGAAGUGUUCUUCUUGCCGUAUGCAACCCAAUGUGUAUUCAUUUCCUGAAGAUGAUGGCACUUCCUAUAAUUGCCUCUCAGGAUCAGGAAGCAUGAUGGAGAUUAAGUGCCAGCCAGAUGGUCAGAUACUGCCUGAAGAAUCCAAUGGAGCUCUUCCUUUAGUAACAGUUCCUGCCUCUGAAUUUAACAAAGAAAAUGUUGUCAUAUGGGCAUCUUCUCCUGAUCGCCUCGAGUUGCCACCAAAACCAUUUAACCACCACUCAAACUGCUCAGAUUCACCUUGUGUCUCGGAAUCUGGUUCAGACAUCUUCAGUAAGCGGGAAGUGAUACACAAACUGAGGCAGCAACUGAAGAGAAGGGAUGAUAUGAUAUUAGAGAUGCAGGACCAGAUUGUAGAGUUGCAGAAUUCCCUUAAUGCUCAGCUGGCAUGUUCUGCACAUUUGCAGUCACAGCUUGAUGCUGCAAAUCAGGACUUAUUUGAUUCUGAAAGAGAAAUCCAGAGGCUUAGGAAGGCCAUUGCUGAUCAUUGUGUGGGGCAUGUUGGUCCGAAUGAGAAGCCCACCACAGUGUCUAUUUGGCCAUCGGAAGCAAGAAAUGGUCAUGCAAAUGGAUACCUUAAUGGAGAGAGCAAUCUUGAACCAGAUAAAGGAAGAGGGGAGGAGGAAAGGAUUGAGAUGUUGAGGAGGGAAGUGGGAGAGCUGAAGGAGGUCAUAGAUGGGAAGGACUACUUGCUGCAGAGCUACAAGGAGCAAAAGGCUGAGCUUUCAGUGAAGAUCAAGGAGUUGCAGCAGAGACUGGAUUUGCAGCUCCCUAACAUUUUGUAGACAGGCUGUGUCAAUUCUUGUGUAUUCUUUGCUUGUUUCUUUGAUUUAUGGUUCCAAAUUGCUGAGAAUGUUUCUGCUUCCCAGCUUCCCCUUUUAUUUCUUUUUCCCCAUUAUAGUACCCAAUGCAGCUUCAUUGUUUGAUUAUAGUCUUGCAUGUGUUUGGAGUGUAGACUGGCUGAAUUGGGGGUUUGGUAAUGUAAAAUCUUUCUAGUGGUAGGUGAUUUUCUCCAUAUAUACUAAAAGUGUGCGAUUGAGAACUGUUUGAUCCUACACAACCUAUAUACAGUGGACAGCAAGUUAAAUUGUAUCAAGAAAAGUCCGUAAAAUGAGGGAUGGCAUUCCGGUAUGAAAAA